AAAAUAAAUAAAAUUAAAAAAUAUUAAAAUGCAUAAAGCAAUAAAACUGGAUAAAUUUAAACUAUGUCUAAUAUUGGCAAGCAUUUUCUGUGCCAUAAUGAUCCUCGGCUCCCUGUUUCUCGGCUAUCUCUUGUACGAAGAUGGACUUCCUCGACAAAAACCAUGCGAAACGGACUCUUGCAUGACAGCACUAUGUCAAAUGCGCUCGAAAAUGGACCAAACUGUCGAUCCAUGUGAUGAUUUUUACGAGUUUGCGUGCGCCAAAUAUGAUCGCGAGACUGCGAUACCCGACGACAAGGUUUCAAUGACGAUUUUCAACCAUUUCGGGGACAAACUUGUGAAACAAAUAUUGGAAUUGUUGCAAGAACCGAUCGGGGAACGAGAAAUUAAGCCGUUUCGACAAUCGAAGGAACUUUUUCAAAAGUGCAUGAAUACGAGUGCGAUUGAAUUAGCAGCAGGAACUCCAAUCAUGAAUUUAAUCAACAAAUUAGGUAAAUUUCCGAUAAUUGAAGGAAAAUCUUGGAACGAGACAUCAUGGGAGUUCUUCAAAACGCUCGUCGAUAUGAGACAAAAUGGCGUCGCAGGAAAAUUCAUCUUGAAAGUUGCCGUUGAUUUAAGUUUAAAUGACACCUCGAGGCGAAUAAUUUAUUUUGAUAGUCCCGAGACAUCAGUUCACAUCGAUUUUUUAAAGUUCGGAUGGAAUGACACGUACGUCCUUAACUACUUCAAUUACAUCGUCGACAUCCUCACGAUGCUCGGGGCAACGCCAAAUACCACGGAAAUACGAGAAAUGAUCGAAUUCGAAGUUAACUUAACGAAAAUUGUCAUUCCGCAUCGCGGGCGACGAAAUCCGCAACUUUUAUUCAACGUCAUGUCAAUCGGCGACAUGCAAAAACGCUUUCCCUACUUCAAUUGGCUUAAAUUUGUGCGAGAUUCGUAUCCAAACAUGAGUUUCAACGAAAACGAGUUGGUUGCUGUCACAGAUUUGAACUUUUUCGACAAAUUCGGGGCACUUUUGGAACAAACUUCGAAACGAACUCUCGCGAAUUACCUCAUGUGGCGUCUCACAGCUCAAGCAAUUCCUUAUUUAAGCGAAAAAUUCAAGCAACGCGACACGGAUUACCAAAAAUUAUUUUAUGGGGAGCACAAGAGACAACCCAGAUGGCGGGAUUGUGUCAGCACCGUGUUGAUCGAGAUGUCAAUUGCUACCUCGGCGAUGUAUGUGCGUCGUUUCUUCAAUUUCGAGUCGAAACUUGAGGCGGAAAUCAUGGUUGCCACGAUCAAAGAUGAGUUUAAAGAGAUUUUAGCGACAGCUUCGUGGAUGGAUGACGACACAAGACAUGCUGCUUUCGAAAAAUUGGAGAAAAUGACGCCGCACGUUGGAUAUCCGGCGGAAUUGGAGAACGACACGGCCUUAAUUGACUUCUAUUCGGAGCUGGAAAUGCCAAGUUCGACACUUUUCGAGUCAAUUUUGGAAAGUAAUCAAUUUACGUACCGCAAAUGGUCGUCGUUGUUGCGUGAAAAAGCGGAUCGGAAUGAUUGGCGGAUGCUCUCGAACAUCAUUGAGAUUAACGCUUAUUACGAUGCGGCGGAAAAUAAGAUGAGAAUUCCCGCGGGGAUCUUUCAAGAUCACUUUUUCAACUCAAAUCGACCGAAAUAUUUGAAUUACGCGGCGAUCGGGUUCGUAAUUGGGCACGAAAUCACCCAUGGAUACGACGAUCUUGGAAGUCGCUUUGAUAAAAAUGGAAAUUUGAACAAUUGGUGGCAUAAUGCGACGAAGGAAACUUAUGUGAAUAAGACGAAAUGUGUCAUCGAUCAAUAUGGGAAGUUCCGAGAACCUUCAAUGAACAUCCCAUUAAACGGAAUUUCAACGUUGGGAGAAAAUAUCGCCGAUAACGGAGGCAUUAAAAUCGCAUAUCGAGCUUAUAAAAAGUACAUGGAGACACACAAACCCGAACCAAGCCUUUUUUCGUUGAAUUUCACGCCGGAACAGCUUUUCUGGAUACAAAAUGCCCAAACUUGGUGCAGCGUAUAUCGUUCGCAGACCUUGCAAUCCCUUUUUAGAGUUGGGACAUUGACUCCGGGCAAAUAUCGCGUUCUUGGAUAUUUACAAAAUUCAGAAGAAUUUGCAAGGGAUUUUAAUUGUCCGAAAGGCGCAAAUAUGAAUCCCCUGAAAAAAUGUGAAGUCUGGUAAAAAUAUUUAUUUUUAGAUUUUUUUUGUAUUUAUGUGAUAAAAAAAAGAUGAAAAGAGAAUUUUUUAAUCAAGUAACUAAGGCAGUAUUAUGUUAAAUUAUAAAAUAAUAAAAAAAACACGUAGUUUG